CUUCCUGGUUGGAAGUUAAUUGCGUGGAGGUUUAUGGGAUAGUAAAUCAUUAUCACCAUGGCAAAUCGGAUCAAUAUUCACUGACAAGUAUUGAAAUAACUUACUAAACUAAAGGUGUUAAAUUUUUUAAAGGACCAUUCUCAAACAGGGAUACUUAGUGUAACAAUAUGGCUUCAAAACACAAGACCUAUUUAAAGGACACAGUGGUAAAUGCCUCUGAUUUAAUUUAUGACUUCUCCUGCUCUUUGUGUAAAGAAGACACUCUCAACACUGAGGCCAAGUAUUUCUGUGGGGACUGCUCUAAAUACUACUGUGACAAGUGCUUGACAUUCCAUGCAAAAGUCCACAAAGAUCAUGUUGUGUUGGGCCGUAAGGAUGUGGACAAGUGGGUGGGGCAAGGGGAAGCCCUUGUAAAAUGUGACCUUCACCCUCAGACUGUCAUGGAGCUGCUGUGUGAGGAUCACGAUGAGCUGUGUUGUCAAAUUUGUGUGACACUAAAUCAUAGGUCAUGCCGAAGCACAAGACUGAUAUCUGACCUGGCCAGGGGCAUACACAAGAUGGCUGUCUUCAAACAGCUGCCCGCAAAUGUAACCAUGGUAACAACCAACCUGACCCAGGUGAGAGACGCCAGACAGAAGAACCAGAACUCCCUGAAGGCUUCAGGCAAGUCCAUGCUGACAAAGGUCAAGGCCCUGAGGACAUCACUGAACCAGCUGCUUGAUGAGCUUGAGAAGAGGACAGUUAAAGAGAUGAACAGUGUCCUGGCUGACCUAGAUGGCCCAUUACAGAAGGACAUUAAUGCCUGCACACACAUACAUAACCAGCUUAAGGCCCUCUUGGACACCAUCCAAGCCCAGGACGAGGAUAGUGAGUCCACCUCCUACAUUGGUUAUAGAAAAUGCCAGGACAAGAUGACAGAGGCCAACAUGCUGCUCCAGGAGAUAUCCACAAAACCAGAAGUUACUGUCAAUUUUCAGCUUGACACCCAUGCUGAACAAUUCCUGUCUGACUUGAAGACAUUGGGAAACAUCCUGGUGUAUCCAGGAAAUCAGGGCCAACCUUAUCAGUCUGGCAUGCCUACUACUAGACCAGUCAACCAAAUCUUUGAUAAGUCAAAGGUGUUCAAGCUGAUAGGAAAUAAAUCAUUCCCAGCAAAAUUAAAAACAGACAAAGAGAACUGUAUAAUUGCUGGAAUCACAGAACUUCCAGGUGGUGAGAUUGUUCUUGUAGACAAUACUAAUUGCAAAGCGAAGGUGUUGGACAGCAAGUUUAAGGUCAUAGCCCAUUGUGAUCUCCCACAACUUCCACAAGACAUCUGCCACAUCUCAGGCCAAGAAGUGGCUGUCACUGUUGACUGCAGAGGUGGCAAUGUUACACAGAAGGUUCUCUUUCUCACUGUGUCAGCUGACACCAUUAAAAUGACCAGGAUGUUCACAGUUGACCAUGACUGUUUCUCUAUCAGUCACCAUGGGGGCCAGCUCUAUGUGGGCUCCCUUACUGCCCUGUACCUCUACACCACAGCUGGCAGGCUUGUGAAGAAAAUACACGAAGAUACUUCUAAGGACACCACAGUGAACCAAUUCGCCUUUAGCACAGAUGGCAGGAAGAUCUUUAAUCCAGCCUCUGAUCAUAACUUGCUUGUCACCAUGGACAAUCAGGGCAAUAUUCUAGCCACACUGCAGGAUCCUGACUUUAACUGGCCUUGUUGUGUACAUGUGAGUGAGAGUGGACACGUGUUUGUGUGUUCAUAUGACUCCCACACAGUGGUGCAGGUUGACCAGGAAGGCAGGAAGAAGCUGGCUACCCUGGUCAGGAAGGGAGAUGGCAUCAACCAUCCACAGACAGUCUGGUACAGCACCCGUACUGGCAGGCUUAUUGUGGGUGGAUGGCAAGAUGACAUUUUGGUGGUCGAACUUCAAUAGUGAACUUCCAAUCAGUGAAAAAAGAAAGGAAGCACACAUACCCAGUGGAGAAAAAAAUAAUGUGAUGGUUACUUAAGAUGAUGUGAAAAUUGAAAGUAAUGAUGCAAUACUUUCACAAUUGGUGCAAUCACGAGUGAAAACAUGUGAUUUUGAGUGAAAUAGAUUUUGAUCUUACACAUUCAAAUUUGUCAAAUUUUCUGACAAUUAAAUUUGUGUUAAUUGGAAUUUUGCAGUUUAAAUAUCAAAAUUGAUAUUUUCACUACAGUGUAGGCCAUAAUAGUGCAAAUACCAGUAGAAAAAAAAUCACGAUAUUUUGCUAAAAGCAGAACGGAAACUUGAUUAAAUUUAAUGUUACUGAUGUAAAAUAAAAAAUAUGAUUUCAUAAAUUCAUAUAGUUAAA